GCAAUCCACGUUGGAUGUUUCUCCUCAAUCCGGCAAGAAUUUUUCAAUUUUUAGGUAGAAUCCCCUUCAGAAUGGAACGUAUAAUUGCGAAUAAUCGUCUCGCUGAAGCCACAAUCAAAUCUUUGGAGCAUGAGGUUGAAGCAGUGAAAAAUGAAUUAAUUGCUCGCAAAUUCAAGGAGAUUCAAGCCGAAAAUGAAGCUUUACGAGAAGAAAUUGAAAAAGCAAAAGCCCAACUUAUCAGUUUAGAAGUCGCUAAUGGCAAACGUCAAAUCCCGCUGCCCGGAGAAUCCGCUGUGAGUUGUUCAAGUGUGCCAACAUCUGCUCCUCCGAAGGUUGCGAAGCAAGAAAAACCUCAAAAAACGGAGGAAAAACAAGAAAAAGUUGAAAAAUCAGACAAACCUCAAAAAGAAAAGAAAGCAAAGCCCGCUAAACAACCAGCAGCUCCCGCGGAAGAAGCUCCCAUCGACAUCCGUCGCUUAGAUUUGCGUGUUGGCAAAAUUGUCGAAUGUCAAAAGCAUCCCGAUGCCGACGGAUUGUACUUGGAAAAGAUCGACGUUGGCGAAGCAGCGCCUCGAACUGUCAUUUCAGGUCUCGUGAAAUUCGUUCCGUUGGAAGAAAUGCAAAAUCGCAUGGUUGUCGUUCUUUGCAACCUGAAACCCGUGAAGAUGCGCGGCGUGUUAUCUGAAGGAAUGGUAAUGUGCGCAUCGACACCCGAAAAAGUUGAAGUUUUAGCUCCGCCAGCUGGAUCUGUGCCCGGCGAUUUGAUUCAUUGCGAAGGUUUUCCGCGAGAACCUGAUGCGCAAAUGAAUCCGAAAAAGAAGAUUUUUGAAACGGUAGCUCCGGAUCUCUUGACGAAUGGGAAUUUGGAGGCUUGUUAUAAGGGAGCGAAGUUGCAAGUUCCUGAAAAGGGAGCAAUUGUUGCACAAACACUCAAGAAUGUUCAUGUAAAAUGAGUUUUUUCUUUAUUUAUUUUUUUUUUCGAUUUUUGUUUGCAGAAAUGUGAAAUUAAUUAUAUUAUUAAAGCAACAUGAAACAAGCAAUGAGUGUUAAUUUUUUUUUGUUCCUUUGAAAUAAAU